GAGAUGUAGACUAAAUUUUAGGACUAAAAUGACAUCUGAGAGAACCUUACGGACUGAAGUGCAAAUCGAUCCCAAAACGGUUGUCGAGCCCCAACCCCCAUUCUCGGCAAAACCUCAACCAGAUCUGAUUUCCCCCUCUCCCUUUCCCGUUCGCUUGCCGACCAAACGGCCCUGGUUCUCGAACAGCCUCACAUCAGACAAAGCGCAGCCCUCCCCGUCCUUUGCUUUUUCUGAAGAGAGAGCAGUGCUUGUCGGUAGAGGAAUGGGUCAAUUUUGUGCUGUCCGAUCAACGGUGAAGAAAACAGGGGAGCAGUCGAGGGGCUAAAAAGAAGAGAGAAUAAGCAAUCUGAGGGAAGUCUUAGGUUUUUUUUUUAAGUUUUUGUAUAAAUAGGGAGGGUGAAUCAGAGAGAAGGGGGCGUACGGAAAAAAUCGGGCCGGAAAAAAACAAUCGGGCCGAGAGAAGAAAAGGAGGAGAUACGAGAGCCUUGGGUGCCGGAGGAAGGAGGAAUUUCUUGAGUGCCCUAUUGCUUAUAAUCUGAUCUUUGAGGUACAAUACUCGUCCCUUUCAAUUUCAUGUAAUUUAUUUACAAGGAAAUGAGAAAUUGAUUAAGUUUUUGCUCUGCAAUUAUUUCUGUUGAUGUUGUGAAUAUUUGAAUUCAUCAAGUUUCAGGUACCGACCCAAUAUUGGGUCUCCCUAAUUCGAGAUUCUAUCCAUCUUAUCUUGUAUGUGCGCCUCUUAUUGUGGAGACUUCUGCUUUAUGAAUUAAUUUUGAUCCCCUGU